CCUCCAAAUCUCCAAAACCCAUCCCUUAAACACUCAAAUAUCAUCAAAUCCUUGCCUACCCAACACAAAACCUCAAGCUUUUCACUUCAAUUUGUGUGGGAUAUGUUGUAUUUUUGGUGUGGCUGUUGGGAUUUCUCUCUCAUGGCUUCAAGAAGGGCUGGAAGUAAAAGGAGACAAGUGGGUAGUUCUAGCACCGGUGGUCAAGCUCAAGAAGAAGAAGGUAACAUUUCCCAAUCCAAUCUCUUUUUGGAUACCCAAGCCUCUACACAGUAUGAAAUUAUCAAGAAUAUGGCUGUUUUAUCUUGCAAUUGUGUCAAAUUCAAUCAAUUUCCUCAAGGAGAUAUGCGUGUUGAAGAAAUGUUUAGGGAACUUGGGUGGAAGGAUUAUGUAGAAGUUAAAGAGCAUUUUUCUCCAAGGGAUAUUUGUGCUGUAUUAGAUAUACCUGAAGGAGGAGAUGAUGAGUUUCUAGAUGUGAAUCAUGCCUUAGUUCGGAAUCCUGGUUGGACUACACUUACCAAAGCUUCUUUUGAGAAAAUGGACUGUUUGUUUAGAAAUGACAUUUGGAUAAAGAAAGGGGAACAAGAAAGGGAUGAAGAAGAAGGUGAUACAGAUCAAGAAAUGGCAGAACAAGGGGCAGAAGAACAUGAAGAUGACAGCCCAAGACCAUUUCAAGCCUCCAUGCAAAGAACUAACCGUGAAACCAUGGAGUUAAUGAUAUCUGAGAUGCAGCAGCUGCCCACCGACUUUUAUGGUUUCCGGACAGAAAUGAGAGGGAGAAUGACUAACGUGGAAGGAAAGCUUGAUCAGCUUGUUAAUCAUUUUUUUCCUCCACCCCCACCUGAUGCCAACUGACUUGAUAUUUCUUUAGUUUGGCUAAUCUUUAGAAUGGACAUCUUAGGGUUAUGCAUGUUAUGGAUAUGUCUUGAAUCUUUUUAUCUUGUUCUAUGAAUGGAAAUGGCAUCACUUGUGUUAACAUGCUUUGUGAAUGGUUGUUUAUGAUUUUGAUGAUACUAUGCUCUUAUUGAGGGGGAGUUUAUUG